GCGUCGUCCCGCGUCCGCGUUUAGUGUUGGCUUGGCGUUGCUCCUGGUUCUUGCUCUCUUUAUAUUGUCUUUGUAACAUCUAGAGCAUCUCCAUUGUUAAAGGCUGCGCUCUGGCUGCGUAACAUAAAAAGAAAGAAAAAAGCGACGGAGAUAAAACACAGAUAUAUAUAAAAGAGCAAGGGAAUCAUUGGAGGAGACGUGUGCGUGCGUUGUGCUAGGUGCGCCUACCAGUAUUAUGUAUUUACACGACUGAAUCAUCUGUCGUGCAAUUUUUCGCCCGUUUCGGUUAGCCAGAAAGAGAUAGAGAACUGCCAACUAGUCGACGAAGCUGUCAAAAGUUUAAGCUUGUCGCGAGCAUCGUCCUUAUAUCUGUACCUUCAAAUUAUCAUUCGUCAUGGAAAGCAUAUUUCAUGAAAAGCAAGAGGGAUAUCUUUGUGCAAAGCACUGCCUUAAUGCAUUGCUUCAAGAACAAAUUUUCAAUGCUGUUGAUUUGGCUACUAUUGCUGAACAAUUAGAUGCUGAGGAACGGAGAGCUAUGGCUGAGAGUGGUGAGGAUACCGAUGAUUAUCAGAGAUUCAUUAAGCAACCCUCGGGAAACAUGGACGACAGUGGAUACUUUUCUGUACAAGUGAUAACUCAGGCUUUAAAAGUUUAUGAACUGGAGUUAGUCCCUUAUACCAGUACAGAGCCAGUAGCGUUGAUGGCUCAAAAAGAACCAUCCCAAAUGAAAGCAUAUAUUUGUAAUUACAAAGGCCACUGGUUCACAAUUAGGAAGUUAGGUAAUCAGUGGUUCAAUUUGAACUCGAUGCUGAGUGGACCUCAACUCAUAUCAGACACAUACCUUGCCAUGUAUUUAGCACAACUUAUUCAGGAAGGUUAUUCGAUUUUCAUUGUCAAUGGAAACAUUCCUAAAUGUACAGCUGACAGCGUUCUCUCUAAAAAUCCUAUAAUUCCCUCAAAAAGUUCAAUAGUCUCAUUAAAGGCCAAUGUGCCAAGUACAUCGGGCAAAGAAGAAGUAAAAUUUGCAGGAAAAGGAUACAGAUUAGAUCUUAUGACUGAAGAUGAGGAGAAAAUUAUGGAAGUAGCACAUGCAUUUCAGAGUUGUGUAGUUCCAUCAACUUCACAAAUAGACAGUCGACCAGAGGUUGAAAUAAUCUCUGAGACACCAAGGCAACCACGCGAUAGGAUAAUUCCUAUUAUUAGGAUCGAUGAUCGCCAGCAAGUUCACACAGUCGAGGAUGACGAUGAGGACGACGAGUUGCAGAAAGCUCUCAAAUUGAGUUUAGAGAAUUACGAGCAAGAGCAGAGGGAUAGAAAUCUUAUAUCUCGGUUGGAACAUCCUUCCACAUUGUCAACAAAUUUUGGUUCUGUUGCUACGACUACUGAUAGUCCGGAUGACGAGGAAGACGAUGAUCUCAGAAGAGCACUUCAAUUGAGUUUGGAAUGUGUCACAGCACCACCAACUCCCGACCAAGAAGAUAUUCGUUGGCGUCGUUUGAAUUAUCUUAUGAUGCAGUCAAAUCCACAAAGUGAAAACUCGACGAAACUAAAUACUUAACAGAUGGUUCGCUUGGAUUUGUUACUAAUUCAUUCUUGUUACUUAACAUGUUUGUGGGUUGUCAAUUUUCAAUCGCGUGCCAUAAAUAUGUUAGCUUUACCAUCUUGUUGAUUGUUUUUUUGAGCUUAAUCUCUAUUCUAAUUAUAAUUGAGACUAACGAAGUUUAAGGUAAAUUACAUAUGGGCAUCGGAAUCAUUUGACGAAAUCGGUUUAGACGCAAACAAAUAACACGUCUCUGUACUAUUGCUGUAUAAAAUUUUACUUAAAUAAUAAUAAAAAAACAUCUAUCAUGUGAUUAGUUUGUUGAUCAAAGAUUUUAUGUGGAAUGUUUUUAUCUUUUGUAUUAUUUAUUCAUGUGACAAUAUCGCAUAAUAUUAUAUUAUAUAUUUUACUAAUAGUUUGAAUUCAUUUGUGUCUGUGUAUAAAAUUUAAAUAAAUUAAAUUUUUGUAA